UGUCACACCAUGUGAGGUGUUGAGAAGGGUUCCACGCUGCAGUCCUGAGCAUCCUGCAGCCAUGAGUUUAGACAAGCCGUACAUCGGCUGUAAAAUAGGGUUAAUCUCAAGAGCCCAGAAUCGUUACGAGGGGAUUCUGUACACGAUCGAUAAAGUCAACUCCACAGUGGUGCUGGCUAAAGUCAAGUGCUUGGGAACAGAGGGACGACUCACUGACCGACCAACGCCGCCCAAAGAUGAUGUUUACGAGUACAUCACUUUUCGGGGAAGCGAUAUUAAGGACAUUUCGCUGUGUGAACUUCCAAGAUCCCAUCACGGCCUACCUGCAGACCCUGCAAUAAUCCAGUCAUCCAGUGCAGGUUCUUCAGGCAUCUGCUCAGCUCUUGGACCAUUUAGCCCCAUGAGGAUGCCCGCCUACAACCAGCUCGCUGCCGGCUCUCUGCUUAAUCAACAGUAUGCUGCAGCUCUUGGCCUCGGGCCUGUGAUUCCUGGCUUACAUAUCAGAAGGGGCCCCAUGGUGGAAAAGUCUGUUCAAACCCUCCAUGUAGACAGAUAUAGGCAGAGGGGAGGCUUGUCUGCAUCCCAGGAGCAGGGGUGGGACAGGAGGUGGCCCCAAAGGACCAGAGGAGAGGGUUCCAAAACCUCACGGGUGUCUGGAGCCCCUUCAAAGGUCAGCCAAGCUGUGCCCAAACCUCAACAGGACGCUCGGCUACAGAAUGAUGAAAACAGGCCACCAUCCCGAAGAAGACAAGGAGCUCGGAGGCGCAGGAACUCCAGUCGCGGACAGUUGAUGGCAGCGAAUAUUCCAUCUCCCACUCUGAAGUUUGACACAGACUUUGAUUUUGAUUCCUCAAAUGCAAAGUUUAUUAAGGAGAUGGAGGGGCAGGCCAGGAUGAACUUGAAAGAUGGACAUCAUGUGGUAGAAGAGAAGAAAAAGGAGGAAUUGCUCUCAGCAGCAGAGGAUAAUCAUUUUGGACCAAAAUGCUACUAUGACAAAACAAAGUCCUUCUUUGACAACAUCUCAUCUGAUAAUAUGUUCAGUUUCAGACUAACGUGGGCAGAGGAGCGGAAGCGCAAUCUGGAGACGUUCGGGGUCCCUGGAUGGUUCCUGAGGGGCCGUGGCUUCAGAGGUGGAUACACUGGACCAAGAGGACGGGGCACUGCUCCAUCUGCUUACAGAAGCAGGAUGGGACCGAUGUAA